AUGGCCCUGUGCGUUUUCUUUGGAUUUAAAAACACGCCACUAGCUGCCUUUGUGCAUACGUCACACACCCAGCUCAACAUUUUUCAUCGGAUCGUGGGUUAUGCCACAAUCUUCUUGGUGUUUCUUCAUGCGAUAUUCUAUACCAUACACUUUGGCCGCCAAGGUCGCUGGGAGACUUUGUUGGAGGAAGGCAAUCUACAAGGAAUUGGCGCCGGCAUUGCUUUCCUCAUACUCCUCAUGGCCAUUUUCAGGCAUCAGGGAUAUGAGAUCUUCUACGUCAGCCACAUUGUAGGUUUCAUCGCUUCGGUUGUGUUAGUGACAUUUCAUAGACCAAAAUGGUCCGGGAAACUUCCAGUUGUGAUGAUAUUCAUCGCUUUAAUCUGGACACUGGAUCGUGCGAUUCGAACAGCGAGAAUGUAUAGCAACCUGGUCAACAAUUCCGCCACAUUCUAUCCGCUUCCCGAUGGAGGAACUAGAGUUAUCCUGAAAAAGCCGGGCGCUCAAAUUGGAUUGCCAGGGUCGCACUGCUUUCUAUGGAUUCCAAGGAUCCAUCUUUUUGGAAACCACCCCUUCACCAUUGUCAGCAAUGGUCCUUCAGGGUUAGAGCUUGUCAUGAAGUCACACGAAGGGUUUACCAAAGCUGUGAAUACUUUUGCUACCCUCUACCCGGGUCGCUGUACUUGGGCUUCGAUAGAUGGGCCCUAUGGCACACUUGCAGAUACCAGAGACUACGACAAGUUAAUCAUGAUUGCAGGUGGAAGCGGGGCUGCAUUCACGUUUGGUCUGCUGAAUCGCAUCAUUGACCAGUCUAAGAUGGCCAAGGUACAAUCGAUUGAGUUUAUAUGGACCAUACGGCAUAUAGAGCAUAUGAGUUGGUUUCAUGAGAGUUUACACCAUCUGGCUAAUUCUGGGCUGCCCGUCCUUAUAACAGUCUAUGUGACGGGCCAUGAACCACCAGCCGAAAGAGAUAUCGCUGCAAACACCUACGAAGUAUGUCAUGAAACACAGAUAGGGACGCAAAGUUCACUAGUAUCAGACAGAAGCACAGCAAGGUAUGGAACGUUUCAGCAGGCAGAUAUGUUGGCCAAGUUUUUAGCGGGACCUGCAGAUGAUGGCUUUGCGGAGCUUCACAAUAUUAAGAUCGGGAGAAUGGACAUCGAAGUAGUUAUUGGCGAGAGUCUGCAAACUUUGGACAGCCAGAGUCGGGUUCUUGUGACCGCUUGCGGCCCAAGGUCACUUAUGGAUGCCGUCAGAGAUUCGGCGGACAAAUGGCGGGAUAAGUCGGAGGUCGCUCUACAAGUACACUGCGAGGCGUUCGACAGUGGGUGA